GGGCCCUGUUGUUGACGUUAACCUCGCCGCGAUAAGAUGGCGGAGCAGCGCGCUGUGCGAAAGCGGAGUGGGGACAGCGAGCCCGACCAACGAGAUUAUUGGACCCAAGAUAUGUUUGGAAGGAAAUGGGACCCCCAAGCAGGAAACCGUAGCAAAUCCAUGGCUGAAGAUAGAUCACUUGGCUACCAGCAGUCGAGAAGCCAGCAGAAAUACUUUACUUUGGACGUGGAUGAUGAGGAUGGUGAAAACAUGAGUUCAAGCAGCACUGACGUAAAAGAGAACCGUAAUCUGGAGAACGUCUCUCUUAAGGAAAGCAAUCAAACUCCUGGUGAGACGCAGCUUUCAAAUGGCAGCAAUUCCUCCAUUAACAGAAAACGGCCACUGGAAGAGGGCAAUAACGGGCAUCGCAUCCUAAAUUCCGUGCUAAGAAGAGGAAGAAAACACCGGGGUCCCAUUCUGCCAAAGAAUGCACUUAUGCAAUUAAAUGAAAUUAAACCAGGCCUCCAGUACAAGUUGCUAUCUCAAUCUGGCCCAGUCCAUGCUCCUGUGUUUAUCAUGUCUGUUGAGGUCAAUGGACAAAACUUUGAAGGAUCUGGGCCCACCAAGAAAAAAGCCAAGUUACACGUAGCUGAAAAAGCCCUGAGGUCCUUUGUUCAGUUUCCAAAUGCCUCUGAGGCCCACCUGGCUAUGGGGUCGAAUGCUGAUGUUAAUACAGUUACGUCAGAUCAUUCUGACUUCCCAGAUACUCUCUUUAAUGGAUUUGAAACCCCAGCACAAGGAGAUGAUCCUUAUCUCUUUGGGUCCAAUGGAGAUGGUUCCUUCAAUUCAGGUGACUAUAAUUCUUUUGGUGUCUCGUGCGGUGUUGGAGGAAGUACUGUAGGUCAGUCAGCAAUGACUGCUCCAUCUCCUUUGCCAUGACCGUGGAAAGAACCAGUCAUGAUCCUGAAUGAACUGCGCCCAGGACUCAAAUAUGAGUUUGUUUCUGAGAGUGGAGAGAGCCAUGCAAAAAAUUUCAUCAUGGCAGUGACUGUAGAUGGACAGACGUUUGAAGGGUCAGGGAGAAACAAGAAGUUGGCAAAGGCUCGGGCUGCUCAAGCAACUCUUCAGACUCUGUUUAAUAUGCAACUGGACUCAACUCCAUCACGGCAACCUAUUCUUAGUGAAGGUCUUCAGCUUCACCUGCCUCAGGUGCUGGCAGAUGCUGUGGCUCGAUUAGUAGUGGAUAAAUUCAGUGAACUGACUGACAACUUCACCUCACCUCAUGCAAGGAGAAAAGUUCUUGCUGGUGUUGUCAUGACAACAGGAACUGAUGUCAAAGAUGCCAUGGUUAUAUGCGUUGCCACUGGAACUAAAUGUAUCAACGGCGAGUACAUGAGUGACCGAGGCUUGGCUCUGAAUGAUUGCCAUGCGGAAAUUGUUGCACGUAGAUCUCUCAUCCGGUUUCUUUAUUCCCAAAUGGAGUGUCAUUUAAGCAACAAGACGGAAGACCAUCACAAAUCCAUUUUUGUUAGGUGCGAAGGAGGUGGCUUCAAAAUUAAGGAAAAUGUGCAGUUCCAUCUUUACAUCAGUACAUCACCAUGUGGAGAUGCCCGUAUCUUCUCACCACAUGAGGCAGCAGUAGAGGAUCAGGGAGACAAACACCCAAAUCGGAAGGCACGAGGUCAACUAAGGACGAAAAUUGAAUCUGGUGAAGGAACGAUUCCAGUGAGGUCCAGCAACACCAUUCAGACAUGGGAUGGAGUGUUACAAGGAGAACGAUUGCUCACCAUGUCAUGUAGUGAUAAAAUAGCCAGAUGGAAUGUGCUUGGAGUGCAAGGAGCUCUGUUGAGCCACUUUAUGGAACCAAUCUAUUUUGCCAGCAUUAUCCUGGGUAGUUUAUACCAUGCUGAUCACUUGUCUCGUGCAGUCUACCAGCGAAUUAAUGACAUUGAAAGCCUCCCAAGCAUUUAUACUCUCAACAGGCCUCUGCUUAGUGGUAUAAGUAACACUGAAUCACGUCAGCCAGGCAAAGCACCAAAUUUCAGCGUCAAUUGGGCUGUAGAGGACUCUGCCUUGGAAGUCAUUAAUGCCAUGACAGGAAAAGAUGACAUGGGGCGACCUUCUCGGCUGUGUAAACACACUCUGUACAGUCGCUGGUUACGCUUGCAUGCCAAGUUGCCAUGCUUGCUUCAAUCCAAGCAAGAGAAGUGUGGUUCUUACUAUGAAGCAAAGCAGGCUGCUGUUGAAUAUCAAGCUGCCAAGGAGACCCUGAUCAAAGAGUUCCAGAAGAGUGGAUUAGGCAUGUGGGUGAAAAAGCCCAUUGAACAGGAUCAAUUUGUUCUGUCUGUCUAAACCCAGAGAAGUGUUGGGAUUUUUAGGAAUUGAAAGCUGCUGGAAUUCCAUAUGUCAGAUGUAUUUAUUAACUUGUAACUUUAAACUAAUGUUUUUAUUUUGUUUUUCUAAAAUAAGGACAUGUUCCUUUUCUUGGCUACUGGCUAGAUUUUUAAAGUAGCACAAAAGUAUACACAAUAGUUUUAAUUGGCUUCUAAACUGAAAGGUAAUGUCAGCAAUUGACAUCUUCAUUCAAUUGUGCAGCACCUGCCCUUUUUUUAAAUCAAAUAUACAAGUUUCUUGAAGGACAUUGUUAACUUCAGUUUCUGUAAAAGGCUAUGCAGUAAACAGUUGUCAUGAAUUUUACCAUCUUGAAUUUGUUUUAAUGGAUUAACUUUUCAAAUUUACCAUUCCUUGCACAGGGCAUCCUAUAAAGCUAGGGAGCAUAUGUUGUGAAUUCAGAUGCAAAAGUUGUUGGCCUAAUCUAUGAUGUGUACAGACAAAUCAAGCUGCAGAUUGGAGGUGCUGACCUGGACACUCAAAUCCAUAGGAACAUUGAAAAAACAUUUUGCCCUUGAGCAUAAUCUGCCCAUCAGUGAGAUGAUGGCUGAUUUGUUUUCCUUUAUACCGUAAUAGCUAUGGUUAUCAAAAACAUAUCAACGAUGAUUUAAAAUUAAUAGCUGACAUUGUUAAUUGCCAUUUGAGAAAGGGAAUUCCAAAUUUCUCCUGAGCAGUGUUUUUUUUUAACCACAUUUAAAUGCUCUGGUUCUAAUUUUGUCUUCUAUUCCCAGACUCCCCAACCUGUAGAAGUAGCUUUCUUCUGUUUCCCCUAUCAGUUUCCUUUAACGUCUUGAUAACUUGAAUCAACACCCCCCACCCCCAUUUUAACCUUCAGACUUUCAGGGAAAGUAGCCCUAAUUUGUGUAAUCUCUCCUCAUAAUUUAGCCCUUGGAAUUCAAACAUAAUUCUGGUAAAUCCAAGCUGCACUCUUCUAGGCAACUUUACCCUUCCUAAAAUGUGGUGCCCAGAACUCUAGUUGUAGACUAACUCGAGUUUUGUAUAUCUGCAGCACUACUCGCAUUUUUUGAAGCUCUUCAUCAGUAGCACUAAAUGAUUAACUUUUUCCUAUAUGUGUUCCUUCUCUAUAGUAAAGUUAAUAGAUAAAACCUCUGAUUUAGCAAAUGAUACGGGAGUUCUUGUAAAAUUCAAAUGGAGCAGAAAAUCUACUCAACCCCUUAGACUGGAAAAAUACGAAAAUUCCGUAAGUAAUUAGAAUUAUUAGCGAAUCUGUACAAUCAACUGUCCUACAAUUAUCAACUAGGUUUGGAAAUCUCCUUAAUUUUAUUAGCCGCAGCAUUUCUUUGUAUUCAAACUGAAGCACUGUAAUUUUUAUUUAUGAACGUAAGUACACUGUUCUCACAGAUCCAUCUUAUCCAAGGUGAUGCAAUUCAUUCAACUGAGGUAAUUUUUGAUUGGCUCUUUAAAUUGUUCAGGCAAAUUCAGCACAGCUAUAUGAUAAUUCUUGUUCCACUGGGAAUAAGUAUUCAGCAUAAAAGAUCAAAAUCCAAAAAACUUUUUUUGAAAAUGUAAUUGAAGGUUGAAGUACUUUUCAGCAAAGUUUCAAUUACAGCCUAGCCUGGUCAUGAAAGGAAUGCUAACUGUCUAUAUAUGUGCCUGCUGCUUUUUCCUGCUCAUUCUUCAUGCACGACCGUUAAUGUGCUUAUUUUCUUCUGUGUAAACUGGAAUAGCAUAUGUUUUAAUGCAAAUGUUCCUUACGUUAAACCAUUGCAACUGAAGGAAGGUAAUCAUGAGUGUAAAGGGUCAUAUUUUUACUUAACAGUACAGCAAUUAAUUGUAUCCCAUUCAAUGCUGACUUCAUGCAUUGCAGAAAUAAAAAGGGAUGCAAGUUAACAGUGAAUUGAUCACUUGAAAACUUGUUGAAUUACAAGUAAAAUGAUUCUUAAUUAUAUGGUUUCAUUCUGGAACUGGCAGGGCUUUUGUGCAUUCGAGAUCUUUGAACUGUUUUUGAAAGUUCAAAGUUUGUUGUUGUCACUGUUUAAAAAUCCUAGUUAUGAUAAGUAUAAAAAAUGGCUAUGUUUUCAUUCCAAGGCAGUUGCACAAUCAGAAAGUUCUGGUCGUGAUGCACUGAGAGAAUAUCUUCAGCAUACAUCUUCAGCCUUUAUAGUAAUUUUACCUGAAUAGGUUAAAUGUAGAAGAGGCGUAAUCAUAUGAUCUUUAGCAUUUAGGAUAUGCUUAGAUCAACACCAGUCUGCAAGACCCAAGGCAUUGUGAAAUUUCUGUUCUGUGGGAUUUCUAAAGCUCAAGUUUUUUUUAAAAUUAAUUCUCUACAGAGAAGUGAUGUGUCUGUCUUCUAUUAACAGUACUCAGUCAAGGUAAAAGUCCCUUUUGAUUUCUCUUGUUUUUGGUUACAUGAUUUUAAUUUAAAUCUUUGCUUAACACAGUUGCUGCCAAUAAAGGACCUCCAUCUUGGUUAUUUUGAAAUUAGUCAAGAACCACGUCAACGAUCACAUUUGGUGAAACCAUUUGCUAAACAUUAGAUAUUCCAAAGUCAUUUCUUAAGAUGCAGGAUUGCUCAUUGCCUUGUCUGAUACAUGCCCAAAUGUCCUAUUAAUUACUAGCUUAUGAACACCCUGUAUCCUAUAUUGAAUUAAUCCUGCUGAAACCAACAAUUCAAUAAUAUCUAGUUAGCUAUUUAUUAAAAUGUUUUUGUUUAUUGAGUCAUAGAGCAAUGCAGCAUGGAAAUAGGCCCUUCAACCCAACUCGUCCAUACCAACCAAGGUGCCUGCAUUUGGCCCAUAUCCCUCUAAGCCUUUACUACCCUUAUACUUAUCCAAAUGUCUCUUAAAUGAUGAGGGUUUCUUUUUAGAUGAAAGGAUAUGUGCUUUAUGUUCAUAUAUGUUGAGUACCUUCUUACUUAACUAACUGUAGUUCCUUUAAUCAUUAGAAUUUAUGCCCGGGAUCCCUGGAAAAUGGCAGGUUUUGCCUAUAUACGUAUAACACAGUGCACAAAUAACUAAAAGCUCCAUCGGUUUAAAUAUGACAAAGACAGUAUUGGUAAUCCAUACAGUGAGACCCCUUGCAGUGGGUUUCCAUCCUUUUUUUCUAGACUGAUUUUUAAAAUCUAAUCCAUGCAGUUUACUCCACGAAAAAAACAUGCAAAGUUGAGUGGAAGAUGUGGCAAACCAGCCCUGUAUUCAUGAGUCCUUUUAUUGACAAUAUUUUAGGCACAUAGGAAUCAGUAAGAGACUAAAAUAACUGAUCAAUUAGUCCCCAGACCAAAGUCUGAGAUGGAUAUGAUAUUUUAAUGGAAUUUGAGUUUGACAUGCUUAACCUUAUAAGCAAAUUUAGGAUAUGCACCACAAGUUAGCUGAUGAACAUGAUUCUUUCAGGAUACUUAGGCAGUGAUGAUCCCACCCAGCUGAAGGACAACAGCCAAUCUGCAGGAACUGAGAGCCUUUCUACAACCUUUAACACCUGUAUGAAUCACCUGAACCCACCCUGCAUUUGAUCUUGGAUGAAUGAUGGGUUACCACGUAGGAUUUCUAUUUUAAGAUUGUCCACAGGUAGACAUGCAGAUUGUCCAAUUUACAUUACCUGAACUGUACGGUGGUGUUGGUGGAUUUGGUGAUAUUUCUGUCUUUCCUUAGAAAGGAAAGAACAAAAAAUUAUUGGGAAGGAUUUGACUGUGAAAUUAUUUUAGGAUGUAAAACCAGUGCUCCAGUGUUAGAGGUUGUUCUAUUGGAUAUAAAAUUAAUCUGAAUGCUGAUUUCUAAUACUAUUAUUUUGAUAAAUGGAUAUCUAAUGAAGAAAGGAGUCUCCUGCCAUAACCAGUUAAAUUUCAGGUAGAAAGAAUUUUGCUGCACUAAUAGAAAUAGCAAGGAGUUUCAAACAUGCAGCAAUCAUUUGACGACUCUGUUCCACUGACAUCCCAACUCGUGCCUUUGUGUGCAAUACCACUUUAGUUUCUUGAGUUGUAAAUUCAGUUAACUGCUGUUUUCCACUUUUGUAGGGUUCCAAACCAGAGGUCACAAAUCACAUUAUAACUGUCAUCAGUAACUCUGAUGACGAAUUGAGAAACUACCUAGAGAGUGUUGAGAAUGUGGAACUUAGUACCACAUAGUUAGCAAAAAUGCAUCUACCCAUUCAACAAAAGGAAGUUUUUGCGCUGUAAUUUACUGUAAUUAGCUAGAAUAUUUAUCACCAAUAGUAGAGAAGCAGUACUCUUGUGUUGUCUCUUGAAAUAGAUCUGUUAUCCCGUGGUGAACCCUGUCCACACUAUGGGUAUCAUCAGCUAUGUACUUUGUCACAGUAGCUAUUCCAUACUGUAAGAUCUUAUUUUCAUUAAGGUGAUGAAUUCUCUUGCACUAUGGGAAUGUAUUGUCAAGUAUCUAACCUUUGCACAUCAUUGGUGACGGAGGGGUGACACGUGUUUUAUUGCUUCACAAGGAAAUGUAGUAUAAAUGUUCUUUUCUGUAAGCAUAUAUUUGUCACCUUUUUAUUUAAAAGGAACAAUCGCUUAAACACAACUUUCAUUGUCUUAUGUAAAGUGAUUUUGUACUUAGGCUUUGGAAGCGCCUCAAUGAAUACAAUGUUUAAUACACCUUGUACUUAAUAAGUCGAUCCCAUUUAGGUGUUACACCUUUUAUAAUAAAUGACAUUGCAAGAAUAGAAAUACUAAAUAAAACUUAACAGCUGAAGAAGAUUGGACUUUUCAAUGGGUUGCAAGUGUUCAAAUUGCAGUAGUACACAAUGUCAAAGUGGUAGUUGGAUAUCAUAGUUAUAGCAGUAUUGACUUUUGCUGGAUAUUUUGGCCUGUUCACUUUUGGAGGGGUGAAAUUUUGUGCUAUUCUUUUUCUUAUAUUUCCAUCUCACCACAGAAUCCUAAACCUCAGGAAGUUUUUGAUGCAUUUGUCGGUUCACCAGUUUUGGCUACAGUACAACUUACACCAUGCUUACAGGUUAAUGAAAGGAAACUGAGCUUUUUUGGUUUGAUGUGUGUGGAUUUAGCCAGUCAGUUGUUCAGUGUCAAUAAUGUAAUCUAUUGUUGGGGGGGGGGAAGCAUUGAGAUGGAAAAUCACUAAUGUUGCGACUAUCCCUACAGAUAUCCCAGCUUCCAGCACUGGUAUUGAUCUAAAUCAGCAGAGGGAUUUUCUACCCCCAUACUGCUUGCUGUCCUAAUGGGUUUCUUAUGGAGUUAAACAAGCAGCGUGUUCUUCUGUAGACAUCUCACUCUGAGGCAAAAAUAAAUUUGUACUGAAUCUGUGUCAGGUUGACCCUGGUGCAAUCAUAGUUCUCCCUAUUCAAAUGAAUAGAAGACAUUGAUUCCCAAGAGAAAGGUAAAUAGUUGUGUUUUUAUUGUUUAUUUUAGUUUUAAUAAUUUCAUUUGAUAUUCAGUGGGUGGGUGAGAUUUCUUAAUUUUUUCUUCAGAUGUAAUUUUUUUCUCUACUAUUUUUAAUUUUAAUAAUAUAUUUUGUUUUAGGUCCUAAUUGCUACUGAAUGUUCAUGAAUGUGAGAGCCAUUCACAACAUUCAAAGGUCCAGAACACACUGCCAGCCCUAUCAAAGUGUUUCUGAGACUCUGGCCAGCUGUCUGUUCCGUUGCAAGCCUCUUCACUCUGCUGGUCCACCUUGAAUUACUUGAAGCCUGGCUUCAAGUAGAAAACUGACAGAAGCCAUGCUAAAACCAAUACUGUGGCCCUCAGCAAGCAUUCAGAAAUUUUGGGGAAAGGGAAGAUCAGCACCAUUAGUUUAAUAAGAUGGGAAGAAAGCAACAAGAAAGAGCAUGUUAACCGAUGGUCAGAGUUCCAACUAAUUUUAAGAAAAACAUCUGUUUAAUCAAACGUGGUGAUGGAAGAGAAAACCUAUUGCUAAGCAAAUUUAGUAGUUAGUCCACUCGACCAGUGUAAAUACAUUCUCUGGGGAAAUUAGCAUCGACUGUUUAGCUUAAUGGUAAAUUACUUAUGGAAGCAUUUGUGUGCUGGCACUUCUUGCUUUGAAGAUCAUACAAGAAGGAACCUGUGGAUCUAAAAUCUAUAAAGGUUGUUCAGGAGACUAAUUACUUGUAGAUGAAGUACAGUGUGUGCAAUCACCCAAACUUGAUGUAGGCAAAAGAAUCACUGCCGUUCAAAUAGACUGCAUAAUCAACCAGUGGAGCAGGAAAAAAAGGGUCACAAUUGUUCACUUUAGCAUUAUUUCUUCAUGUUAGUGAACAUGAGAUGAAAAUCACUGGAUCUUCAGUAAUAAUAUUGUGCUGUUUUCCAAAAAGCUAUAUAUCAUUGUGUCCAUCUGUGAAGACGUGAAAAUAACAGAGCUUUGUAUCACAAUUUUCUAUACACAGAUGUAUUUAAAAAGCUUGGUUAUUCACAUGGGAAGUUAUUUGCAUCUGCAAAAACAUCAGUGCAACCUACCCUUCAGAGUAAACACUUUGCAAUUGUUAGUAUGUCAACAAGUUAAUCAAACAUUGACUAUUCUUAGUGAGUGAUCACCCAUGUAGCGUGUAGGAAUUAAAGCUAUAAGCUGGGGAAGCAAUAUUGGACAAGAUCAUUGCACAUUAUGUGCAUCUGAACAAAAGGUGAUGGAUGCAGGUGACCAAAAAAAAGACAAAGAAAAUAUAUACAAGAAUAAUGCCCAACUGUUCAGUUUCAUGAAUAAUAGAACAAAAAAUGCCCAUCACAAAAUCCUAUUCAAUUUCAGGAUGGUGAAAGUGCAAUCCAUCUCUGGGAUACCUCUACCACUUUAAAAUCAGUCAGCACUAGGCUCAGGGAAGAUCAACGGAGAAUCAGUCUUCAAGCUGUGCAAACAUGGAUUGUGACCAGCUGUGACAGUCUAUGGCUAUCGCAAUGAUUACUGCCAACUGGCCCAACUUUUUUGUACAGAUGAUUUUGAAAACAAAACAUUUGUAGGUGCCUUAUUACAUCAAAACUUCUGAACUUUCAUAUUAUAAAUUACAUUUUUAAAAUGCAAUAAUUGCUGAUGAGGGCAGGGAAGAUAAUCUGUGGGAAGUUAUGAGGCAGCUAAGAGAAGAGAGCAGUACUGAUUACAGUGUUCAGAUUGAACAUUGCAUCAUGUCCAGGAAAAAGAUUUUCAACGUGCUCUAUUAUUUUUUACAUUAAUAGAUCCUUCAUUAAAUUGAGCAUUCAACUGGUGUAGCCUUCCCCAACUUGCAUUACUAUAUCUCAGCAUUCAGCACUCCCAAAGUUUUAUUGAAAUGCAUACAGGAAUAACUGGAGGUAAAGUCCAAUUUUACAAAAAUUAGGUAUGUAUCGUGUUAUACAUUGUUAGUAUUUGCUGCAAAAUGUGUUUUUGUUAUAUCAGGCAUCCAGAUUAAAGGCACAAUAUAUUUAUAGGUUAUGAACAACAACAAACAAAUUUGAUUCAUGUAGGAAAGCACCCAAAGUGUUUCACAAGAACAUUGUCAAGCAAAAAUUCAUACAAGUCACUUGAGGAAACAUUAUGGCAAAUGAACAAAAGUUUAAUCAAAAAGGGAGUUUUGAGGAGCACCUUAAAAUACAAAGAGAAAUGGAGAGUUUAGGGAGAGUAUUCCACAACAUAAGACCUUGACACCUACCACCACUAGUGGAGCAAUUUGUGAGUGAUCAAGAGGUCAAAAAUUGAAGAGUUCAGUUACUUAGGGAAUUUUAAAUUGUGCUCGAGUAGUCAGAUCCAGAGGUAACAAAUGCAUGGAUGAGAUUUCCAGCAAUAGAUGAGUUAAGGAUGGGCAGGAUCCAUAUGAUUAGAAAAGCUGAAAUAGUGAUGGCAAAGUUACGAGAUCUGAAGUUUAUCUCAGUCAGAUAUGACACCAAGAUUGUGAUAGUUUGGUUCCAUUUCAGAGUUGUCAGUGGUGAGAUACGAGGAUAAUGAGAAUGUGCAAAGGGAUGGAAGAUGGUUUUAUUGUCUUAAUGUGUAGUUAGGGAAAAUUUCCAGUCAUUCUGCAUUCCAUGGCAGACAAGCAAUGUGUUAAUUUGGAAGCCAUGAAGAAAUCAAGCAAGUGAGUUGGGGUUGGAUAUCUGAUUAAAAUAUAUGGAAGGACUUAUUGGUAUUCUGAUAUAAUGAUGCAGGUUUGUUCUAAAUCAUAUUAUAAAUAUGAUGAUUAAAAUUAGAAAUCCAGUCACUUAUUUAGAAAUGUAGUAGAAAUGCAUGGGGUAAAGAACAAAAGUAAAUGAGAUAAUAUGCGAGAAUCUAUAACUUUUCCUAUCUGUAUAUAUAGUCUCCAUCUUCCAGACAGGUUAUGAAUCAUGGGGAGAAUUAGGAAAGCUUUGAAUAUGUGUUUUUGGAUUUGUUCAUAGUAUUACUUUUGUCUAACUCUGCUCUCCUUGUACAUUGUUGCUUAACUUGACCGAGAUCGGGACUCUAGGCUUUAAUAGCCCUUCUAGAUAAUUGUUGUAUCCUGCCAUAUUUAGAAGAGUGUUGGAAAGCAGUUGUUCCAUUUAGCAACACCUUAAACAGUGAUGGGUACCUGGACAGAGGUCAUAUUUCACAUCAUAUUUCAGUAGUUGUAAAUUCCACAAGUUGCUAAACACUGAACUUGGUGUGGAUAUUUUUCAUGUAUCAUGCUCCUUGUUGUGGGCAGUGCACCAUUAUGGCAGUGUUAACUAACAUUAGACAAUAUUGAAGAUCCAUUUGCAAUCCUGAAGUUUUAAAGAACUGUCCAGGCUUGGAUGAGAGUUCAUUGUUUCACAGCCAGUGAAUGUGUGUCCACAUCCCUUUGUGAUUAUGUGACCUUUCAUCCUUUUUUAAAACUGAAUUGAUUGACACUGCCUGAAACUGAACAGGUCAACAUCCAGCUUUCUCAUUUGAUAAUUUUUGUAUAUUUUAAAAUCAAACUGUCCUACAUAGUGUAACAGUAAAUAGUAAACCAUGGUAAAACUGUACAGGGAAAAUUAUAACAUUUUUCAUUUGGAUAUACCAUGCUUUAAUAAAUUACUAAAAUGAAGUAUUAUCUUAGUAAAAUAUCUUAAGGAGUUACAGGAAAAGAGAGAGAUGGCAGAAUAAAUUGUUGAGAUGAUCAAAACUUAUCAAGUUGUGUUUAGGAGAUUGUUCACCUGAAGACUUUAUGGUAAUGUUCCACUGUGUAAUGAGCAGGUUAUACUGUAAUCACUGCAUGAGUGCCAGCACUAAUACUGUACCACUUCUCAUUAACAAUCCCAGCAUGAUUCUCUGUUACAUGUAGAAAUGAAAUAAAAAUAAAUUUACAUCUGACUUUUAA